UGGCGCUGCUCUCCACAUGGAUCUCCCUGGCGAUGGCUGAGAAGAGCUGGACUCAUCUAAUGAAUCCCCUGCCCCUGGACAGCUACCAGGCUGAGCUGAAGCUGCUGCUCGAGCGGCUGUUGUGGCGGGCACAGGUGGAGCGUUGCAUCGCUGUCAUCACCGAUGAACUGCACUCGGCCAUCUACGAUCGGGCGUAUUUCGAGGCAGUCGAUCGAGGCUUCCCCGCCAGCUUUGUGGUGCGUGUCAACGCGAGCGACAAUCUCCGCCAGCCACCCAAACAAUUGGAGCUGCUGCUGCGCGCCAUCAAGUCCAGUGAUUGUGAUCUGCAUGUGAUCACUCUGCUCAAUGGGUGGCAGGUGAAACAGUUGCUGCAGUUUGUCUACGAGUCGCGUUCGCUGAACAUGCAACGCAAGUUUCUGCUGCUGCACGAUGUGAGGCUGCUCUCCGACGAUAUGUUGCAUGUGUGGAGUGUCUUUGUGAACGCCGUCUUCCUCAAGCGGCAGCCCGACAACAGCUAUAGCAUCUCAACCAUUGCCUAUCCGGGCAUUUUGAGCGGAGUUGUGGUCGUCAAACAGCUGGACAAUUGGAGAACUGAUAAACGCAUUGAUCCCAUUCACAUUUUUGGGGAUAAGACACGAAAUUUGAAUGGUGCUCAACUACCAGUUGCCCUGGCUGAGCACAUGCCGAUGGUGCUGCCGAAUGGAUCCACAAGUGGCUACGAGGGCGUUGAGGUGGAGAUCAUGAAUGCUUUGGCCCAAGCCUUAAAUUUCCAGCCCCAAUAUUAUGCAAUAAAUGAGAGUGCUGCUGUCAGCGAUUGGGAGCAGCCCCUGCUGGAGAACGAGACCCGCUUGGAGAGGGGACUCAUUGGUGAAGUGGCGCAGCACAGUGCCCGCUUUGGCAUUGGGGAUCUGCAUCUGUUCGAGAGUUAUGUGCAGCUGGUGGAGCUGAGUGCGGCACACAGUGUGGAAUGCCUGACAUUCCUUACGCCGGAAUCAUCCACGGACAACUCGUGGCAGACUUUCAUUCUGCCCUUCAGCGGGGCAAUGUGGGCGGGCGUGCUCCUCUCCCUGAUCGUGGUGGGAACCAUUUUCUACAUGAUUAGCUUCCUCAAUGCUUUGCUGCUGGGCGGCAGCAGUCAGGUGGUUUUCUUCCGCUGUCUGCGUCGCAGGCGCGGCAUGCAACGGGACUCGCUCAGCUGGCGUCGCUUAAGCUUUCGCAUUGCGCUGAGCAAACAUCGGGCUGGCAGGGGACAGAAGUCGACCAGACCAGGUCGACGGGACAUCUUCGAUGACUACUCCAAUUGCAUCUUGCUCACGUACAGCAUGCUGCUGUAUGUGGCACUGCCACGCAUGCCCCACAACUGGCCACUGCGCGUGAUGACCGGCUGGUAUUGGAUCUACUGCAUCCUGCUGGUGGCCACCUACAGGGCCAGCUUCACGGCCAUUCUGGCUAAUCCAGCAAAACGUGUCACCAUUGAUACGCUGCAGGAUCUGAAGCGAAUCAAUAUUCCAACCGCAACUGGCGCCGCCGAGCAUAAGCAGUUUUUUGUGGAUGCCACCGAUGAGACAGCUCAGGAUGUGGGUGCCAGAAUGGAUAUAGUCGAUAAUAUCGCCGAUUUGAAGCAGAGCAUUGCUCGUGGCAAGUGCGCCUACUACGACAACGAGUUCUAUCUGAGGCAACUGCGUGUGGCAGAUGAGGCACGUGGCGUGGGAUCCUCCUCUCUGCACAUCAUGAGGGAAUGCGUUGUCCAUAUGCCCGUCGUGCUGGCUCUGGAGAAGAAUUCACCGUUGAAGACCCACGUCGAUGACAUAAUUCAGCGUCUGAGCGAGGGCGGUCUCAUUGCCAAGUGGCUGAGGGAUGUGGUGAAGCGUCUGCCCGCCGAGGAGCAGACCCCGCAGGAGGCGCUAAUGAAUCUGCACAAGUUCUGGAGCUCCUUUGUGGCACUGGGCAUUGGCUACCUGGUGUCGAUAGCUGCGAUGCUCGCCGAGCGCUGGCAUUUCAAAUAUAUUGUGAUGCGGCAUCCAUUAUACGAUGUGUAUAAUCCCAGUUUAUACUAUAAUUUUAAGCGCCUCCAUCCAGAUGAAUAGCGCAACAAUUAGUGGCAGAUUUAGUAAAGAUAUUUGAUAUUUGUAUAAGCACAUUAAUAUAAUAAACACA